AUGAGAGCGAUCGUUUUUCUCAUGUUAUUUGCAACCAUUUACGCGCAGGAUCAAAUCAGCGGAAUGGGUCAGGCCGGAAUAGAAGAGGUGAAAACUAAAGUACAAACGAUUGAAGACAAGAUGAAGGAGGUUGAGGCGUUGGAGAGGAAACUAUUGAUGAAUGCGGACAACGACAUGAACGAAGACGCUGCGAAGUUGGGGUCGUCCAGAGUCGACAGAGCAAAAUCGUUAACAAAAAUGAAAAGUGAGUUGGAACAACUCCAAAAGAUCAGAGCACUGUUGCCACAACUUCAUUUGAAAAUGAAACAAAUCAUCGAAACACUACCAAAGAAAGAACAGUUCAGACUCAUCCGUAACAUGAAUCUCAGACACAGAUUCGACUUGGGGACUUGGCGAGACUGUGCUUAA